AUGGCCACCCCGCAUGUCUCCGGGAUCGCAGCGAUGCGGAAGAAGAACCACCCGGAUUGGAGUCCGGCCGCGAUCAUGACGACGGCCCAUGUAGUGGACCGUGACGGGAAACCCAUCACCGACGAGUCCAAGGGCUACAAGCCCGCCAGCCUAUUCGCCACGGGCGCCGGACAUGUGAACCCAUCGGCGGCCAAUGAUCCAGGCCUGGUUUAUGACCUUCAGCCCGAGGACUACAUCCCAUACAUCUGUGGGCUUGGCUUUGAGGAUGGUGUAGUUCAAUCCAUGACUAGAAUUGCCGUCCAGUGUGCCACGGUUGGCAGCAUCACUCCAGAAGAACUGAACUACCCUUCGAUUGCCGUGUCCUUGAACUCCACCACGCCCGAGAAGAAUAUCAGACGGACGGUAACGAACGUCAGGGAGCCUGAUGAAGCAUACCAGGCGGAGAUCGAGGAACCCAAAAGGGUGAAGGUGGAUGUUUCUCCCGACAGGCUUUAG